AAGUCUAAUUAAAAUUAUUUUUGACUGUCGAUGUAUGGAUAACCAAAUGUUAACGUGGGAGCCGGAAUAAAUAUUUUUGUACAAGACACUGCUAAAAUAAUCGUAACACAGGCCAUAUAUCGGUCUAACGUUGUAAAGCCCAACGUAACCAAUUCUCAUAUUAACUAUGAAAUUCAGAUAGAGAACGGAGUAAACAUGAUGAUUUGCCCUAUGUUUUUAAACUUGACUCGGAUAGUGAUCCGAAUUACUUUAUGAAUCACCGGAUAUAUUCAAUUGACUGCACACGAAUCAUAUGUCAACACUUUAAUUAAUUUCAAUAUAUAAUUAUAUAUAUUAACUAUUAAAAUACAAAAAGAAAAUACGUCUAAGACCUAUAGUAAAUAAUUAAAUUUAUUUUAUUCGCUUUAUUUUCGUUUCACGUACAAGAUAUCCAAAGUAAACUAUUUACAAUGAUCAGUAACGAUCAAUAACGUUUACAAUGAUGAAGAGACAAUUUAACUAAAAAAACUUAUAACUAACAUUUGCAAAUUUGGAACACCACAUUCAAAAUAUUUUCAACAUUCAUCUAGAUUAUAUAAUUAUAAUAAUCAAAAAUGACAAUUUAAUUCAACCUAGAUUACAUAUCAUGUUAACAAGUAGCCAGAUUUUAAGUUACAUCAAAAUUUUACGAGUUUUCUUAAACUUUUAAAUAAUGUGUUUCUCUUAAAACUUAAAUCUUAUCACAUAUUUGAUGGUCGGAUUUGCCGGUUCGACCACAUGAUGAUAAUAACUCAAACUCAAAGUGAAGAUAAUAUGCACUAAUUUCUCAUAAGAUUCCAAUCUCAAUCCUAAAACUUUUCAGCUUUUUGUUGUAUAUAAUCUCUUUUUGUAGUAGUUAAGAAAUUAGUUUGUUUAUGUACUUCACUAAAUAAUAUACAAAUAAAUCAUCAAUCAAUACAUUCAGAAUAAACUUAUGGAAAACAAAAAUAUAUAAAUCAGUCUCUUUUCUUAAUUACACUGCCGCAAAUGUCAGUAAAAUAUUUCGAAAUUUCAAUCAUUUGUGUGCCCCCACGGCUCACGCAUGACAAUUGCAUGAGUAAAAAAAUGUCGUAUGAUUAUUACAUUAAUUGAUUUAUGGGCCAUAUAUAUAUAGGGUGGAUUUAGGCCCAAAAGUUUUGGAGGUUUUUUACAUAAGCAUUUUCCCUAAAUUAUAGAAAAGAUUUCCUUUUGAAAUAUUUCAAGCUCCCAACCACAACCGCUCAGAUUCCAAAGGGUUAAUCAAAGCCAUCAACUCGAAUCUUCGAUCAAUAGAGCUCUACGGCAUUUUAUCGGAUGUCGAUUCGAUCAUAUCUUCUGCAUCUCUUUCUGUUUCGUCUUUUUUUAUUUCCCGUAUCUUAAUGGACUGUAGACUAUUUGGCCAAAACAUGUUUGUGUAUGAACCUUUCUAGAGUGGAUCUAUAAACUCAUUCUAUAAUUAGUGCAUUUUUUAGUUGUUCAAAAAAAAAAAAUUUCAAGCUCCCUAAAUCUCAGAUCCAUAUAUAUAUAUAUCAUGUGUGUAUGCCUUGUAAUAGAAUUGUAAAUCUAGCCUUCGUAACGCAAUCUUGAAAUCACAACCAUUUCUAAGAAGCAUACUAGGGUUGAAUUAAAACUAAAUCUAGGUUAUGGUCUUGGGGUGGAUUUCAUUAUAAAAAUCAUAAAAGUUAAUCUUCUAGCAUAGUGAAUUAUGUAUAAAUUUAUUCCCCUUUACACAAUAGGAUUGGGCAUGGCUAGCUAGAUAUUAACUUGGUGGGAGUCGUUAUAUAUCUAUAUAAGAAAUGACACAACAAAUGUGUAUCUGUUCGACUAUGGGGCUUUCCCCUCCUUUAGAGAUGGAGGAGACAUGCCUUUUUGUGUCUUGGUAAUUUGGUUGAUGGACAGAUGAUAGCAGCACUUACUUCGAACGAACGGGUUCGGAUGCGGCUGAAUCUAUCAAUGGAGUUGGUGUAAUGGUAAUGUUAGGGUUUUUUUUUUCCUAAAUACCAUUUCAAUAAAAGCUCUCGAAAGAGAAACAAUAUUACAUGGAAAUGAAAAAACGGAGAAAAACAGAGCUAACACAUGAUGAUAAUACAUAAUGAAAUAAGAAACUCAAAGUGAAGCAAGGAUCAGCGAUUUGAUUAUUCCACUCAGUUAUGGUCCUUAUGGAAAUGAGUGAACCAGAGGGAUAAGUAUGUGGAGCGAGUAUGAGUAUGACCAGCAGAUGGAGGGAUAAGUAAGUAAUGUUAGGGGUUGGUUUCCUUGUGUUUAUGAUUCAAAUCACUUUUGGGAAGAAAGAUUAUUUUAAAAAAGAUUAAAUGAUAAAUUUAGUUCUUUGCAUGAAUGGUUUUAACUUUCUUUAAUAUACGCUGGGUAUCAGUCAAGUCACUUAGAACAACCCUAGUGAAGAGUUUUCAAACAAAGUAUGUCAACUAUAUGUAUCUAUAAAUAUUUAUAUUUUAUUAAUAUAUUAUGAGAACUCUUUUUCAAAGUAUUUCAUUUGAGAUACUUUGGAAAUGAAUUCUCAUGAUUUUGAAAACUUCAAAACAACAUUUGAUAAAAUGUUUUAUUUUCUAUGUUUUAAGAAUUUUUGUGAAAACCUCCUAAUUAAUCAUGCUCUUACUGCGCUCAAGUGUUCAUAACCUAUUUUUUUUCUUGUCACCUACGGCUCACCCAACGUGUUUAAUAUUCUUAAUUCGAAUUCGUUAUUGUGAAACCCUAUGCGCACGUAAUUGUUAUGGAAAGUUUUAACCUAUUAGUUAGAUAGUACUUUCCAUAACAAUAUUGUGUUUAUUAACACCAACGACAAAAGUCCCACAUCGUUGAGGUGAAUCAACGCUCGUCAAUGGUGACAACUUCAUCAAGAUUUUCAUUUGGAUUUGGAGUCUGUGUGAUCUUUUUUUUUUGGUGUAAAUGUUAAGAUUCAUACCAAGAUUUUUCUUUUACAUAGUUUGUGGAUAUCCACUUAUUACAACAAGAAGAAACAGAGCAAGCGAUUACAAAAGGUGAUCUUGUCCUGACGUUAAGAAUGCGUUCAGAAUGCGUUCACACGUUAUACACACGCCAGCACACAUAUCACAUAUGUAUAUGAAAUCUCUCGAGGUGAUUGGUGAUACCUUUUUUUUUGAAGAGGUGAUUGGUGAUAAUAUCAUAUAACAUACAUAUGUCUAGGAGCUUGUCAGGAGAUAGAUUUAGGAUGCCAAUACGUUUAAAGUUUGGUCCACUUAUAUCAUGAAACUAAAUCAUAUUGUUUGUGGAUAUAUCCAUACGGUAUGGACCACUGUUUACAAUCUAUUUGCAUAUCCGAAAAAGGUUUAUUCAUAUGCAAUAUCUACUUUUGAAAAUUAGUCUAAUCCAUUCCACGGAUCCAUAAUACAUAUACUUCAAAUUAAUAAAAAAACAUAUAUAUAUAUAUAUAUCUUUUAACAUAUAUAUAUAAUAAAUUAGUUUUGGAAAAUUAUAUAUAUAUAUAUAGUCAAUGCUGAUAAUUUUGGAAAAUUAGUAAUCACCAUAACUUCUUAUUUGUAAAAAAAUAAAAACAACUAAAGUUGAAGGAAUGAUAUAAGGUAUUUUAUAUGGAAUGUUUUUAAAAAACUUUUGAAAAAUUAAAAAAAUAACUACAAUUAUCAUUUAAUUAAUAGUAUAAUUGUUUUUACAACUAAAAAUAAAUAAAUAAAUCACUAAUAAUUUAUUAUUUUUGAAAAUUCAUACUCUUUUUACCAUUAUUGAUUCUCUUAAUCAAUAACUUCCUAAUGAUCAAAGAAAACAACUGAUAGACGUAGACCAUCUUUAAAAUCUGAUAAAUUACUAGCAUCUUGUAAAUUAUACUAAAUUGCUUGUAAACUAUAUGUAGCGUAAGUUCAUAACCAUGCAGGUGUAGUCGGAUGGUACGGCUGACUUGAAAAGAUAAUAAACGCUUUGGAUUCAAAAUUUAUCAUUUAAAUUUAUUUAUUUGUGUGGUGAGUUAGCGUGGAUAUCGAAUCCAUGUACAAAAACCGGAUUUGCCUAUCACAAGUAAGCCGAUCCGCAAGAUAUUAGUCGAGCCUUCGGGCUCGGAUACCUCCGGUUCUAAAAAAAACUAUUAUUAACAUAUACAAGUAUACCAAAACGUUCACUAAUGACUUCUUUUUAGUCGAGUUUGACAUUUCUAAUAAACCUCAAGUUAAUAGAAGCCACUCAUUUGUUUAGGAAAGAGUCUCGGGGGUGGACCCAUUUCUUAGUUUCCGUAUUGGUUUAUCUAUCUUUGUUUUAAAUUAGAGAUUAGACCCCUAAAUCCUAAUGACGGGUCAGAUAACGCUAGACUGUUUAUUAUGUGCAUAAUUAAACGCAAUGUUUAAAGAAUAACAACUACGUGCUUUAUAGAAAAUUAGUUUAGGCGAAUUAUCUAAAGCCGAAGCAAAAGCUUUAACAUAUUAUUGAUUUAUUUUAUAUAUAUUUUACCAUUUUAUAAAAUAUUUUAGCUUUUGAUUUUAAUUAUAAAUUUUUUUAAAAAAAUUAUUAAAAUUUGAUAAAUAAAACAAAAGAAAAUAGAUAAGUUAUAGAUUUAUACUAACAUUAUUGAUUAGUUUAACAAAUUUAGAUCAAUUUAUACCUAUUAAACCGAUUUAAAAUGAUUUCAUUUAAAUCAUAUAAAUCAAAUUUUAUAAAAAUCAUUUUGGAUAAGAUCGAUUUACCGCCUAGGCCUAGACCGAUUUUUAAAACCAUGAUUAAACGUAUAUUAGUGAUGCAACUGAUCUUUGAUAUACAAUAUUCUUUACGAACCUCAUUACAAAGAAAACUGUCCUAAUUAACAAAAUUAAGAUUAGAAAACAAACCCUAGAAACAAUUGAUUCAUCUGAAUUUGCUUCAAAUAAAGUAUUAUAUUCUAAAAAAGGCAAGCCAUUAAGGAAAAAAAUAAAAGGCAAGCCGAAUAGAAAAAAAUAUAAAAGAAAACAAAGAGAAAAGAGACUGAAAUUUGACGCUAAGACGAGGGCUUGACUCGUUCAAUUGGCGUACGUGCCUCGUAAAAAAAGCUUUACUCAAACAGUAAACACAUGACAACGAAAGUAAUAUUUAAUCAAACACACAUAAAUGUACAAGAACAUCCUUGUCUUUUCCCAUUUCAGUAUAAAUAAAAUUUAAUACUAAAAGUCUAAAAACGCGUAGACCUUUUCUCGUUUCACUCGGACAAACCAAUCUCUACUUCAACAACUUAUUUAAUGCCAGUGAGACCAUAACCUCUAAGUUCAAGAAGCAAAUCGAUUUGUCACAACAUAUAUACAAUAAAGACUUUAAGAGGUUUCCCUUUGCAGCAAGUCAAUUUACAACAUACAAAAAUGGCGGAGGAGCUCACCAUUGGGUUUCGCUUCUAUCCCACGGAAGAUGAACUGAUUGCGUUCUACCUACGAAACCAGCUCGAAGGAAGGAAUGAUGACUCAAUGCACCGUGUCAUACCAGUCCUAGACGUCUUUGAGGUCGAGCCUAGUCAUCUUCCAAAUGUUGCGGGGGAGAGAUGUCGAGGAGAUGCUGAGCAAUGGUUCUUCUUCGUGCCAAGACAAGAACGCGAAGCAAGAGGAGGCAGACCAAACAGAACCACUGAUUCAGGGUACUGGAAAGCGACUGGAUCACCUGGUCCAGUCAUUUCCAAAGAUAACCGAAUGAUUGGAGUCAAGAAAACUAUGGUUUUCUACACUGGAAAAGCACCAACCGGAAGAAAAACAAAAUGGAAGAUGAAUGAGUACAAAGCCGUUGACGAAACAGUCAACUUCUCCACAAUCCCUAAGUUGAGACAUGAAUUCAGUUUAUGUCGGGUCUACAUAACAUCAGGAAGCUCAAGAGCUUUUGAUAGACGCCCAGUGGGAAGUUUACAGACAGAGAGACUGCUUACAAGUGAUGUUGGAGUUGCUGAGACAUCAUUUCGUGUGGGAAGCUCACCAGAAACUUCCAUGUCAGGAGGAGAACAUGUUGAUCUCUCUGUGAACACAGAGAUGGUUGAUGGUUUAACUGAACCAAUGUGGGAAUGGGAACAGCUGAACUGGUCUUGAAUCUAGCGAGAUCCAUAAGCAAAAUAAAGUUUACUACGUUCUUACGUUAUUGUUUUUUAAUUACCAUGGAAGUUGCAGGUCUUACGCCCAUUAUAUCCUAUAGAUCUAAAGCUUUUGAAAUUACGUUGAUGAUGAUUAUAAAGAUUCCUUACGUUUUUCCUUGUAACGUAAGAAUUUGAGAAAGAAUAAAUGACAAAAGGUGAAACUAUAAAAUGAUUUUAUUAAGUU